UUCGGUCGGUAGCGACACGUUCACUUGCAGUGUACGCUGUUGUGGCUCAUCAAAUCUCGACCCUCCUCAUCUAAGCCGUUUUGGGCACGUCUUGCACCGCCAUAGGCUUGCCGUUAUGAAAUUUGUAUGUGCGUUACGCCGUUGUCUCGAAAGUUAAUGACGCGUCGUGGCUGCGAAGGAAAGGAGGAGGGUAUAUACGAUCGAGGUCGUCCUGGGAGCAUCGUACGUCCGUCCGUCCGUCUGUGUUCCACGUAUAUAAAACCAACUUAAAACCCUUAAUGAAGUACCUCUUCUUUCAAGUUCAAGUGCUUAAUCGAAACAUUUCAUCGUUCAAGGUGGCAAUAGAUAAACGUAUGUGUGAUGCAGAUAAAAUUCAGCCCCGUUUCAAAUAGAGGUGGUGGUAGGAAAUUGGGCCAAAAAUGCUACCAGUGGGAUGGUUGAGUUAUGUAUGUGGUAUGGUAAUUAGCGUACCAAUACGGGACAGCAAUAGUGAAAAAAACGGACAGACGGGCAAGAGGUUAUAAAAUUGAACGCAGCAGGCUGCGUUCGUUGCAAAACACAAAGGAAAAAGGGUAAAGUUCAUUAGUGGCGACGGUAAAGCAGAAAUCAUGCUCGAUUGCGAGCCCGGAACGAUCACGUACACACUGACAGCAGGAACCCAGCAGGACGUGCGCGCAUUCUAUACACGCAUGCAUCGGAUACGCAAAGUAACCCUAUCGUUGCGUUAACGGCUUGUGUUUGUUUGGCCGUCGGGGAGCGUGUGCCAGGGUGGUAGAUAUUUUUGGAUUCCCAUCCGUUCGAGCGUCGUCGUACCCAGGCUAAAAGCGGGCUAGUGUGACAUUGCCAAAAUGUUCAUCUGGGACUGGUUCACCGGCGUUCUAGGUUACCUAGGGCUAUGGAAAAAGUCGGGUAAAUUGCUCUUCCUCGGCCUAGACAAUGCUGGUAAAACAACACUGCUACACAUGCUGAAGGACGACAGACUGGCACAGCAUGUCCCAACGCUUCAUCCAACUUCGGAAGAACUGUCCAUAGGAAAUAUGCGCUUCACAACCUUCGAUCUGGGUGGACACACGCAAGCACGACGCGUCUGGAAGGACUAUUUCCCGGCGGUGGACGCGAUCGUGUUUCUGAUCGAUGCGUGGGACCGGGGCCGUUUCACCGAGAGCAAAAACGAGCUGGACUCACUGCUCACCGACGAAGCACUAUCCAACUGCCCGGUACUGAUCCUCGGCAACAAGAUCGACAAACCGGGCGCGGCGAGCGAGGACGAGCUGCGCAACUACUUCGCACUGUAUCAGCUGACCACCGGCAAGGGCAAGGUGCCACGCUCCGAGCUGCCCGGCCGUCCGCUCGAGCUGUUCAUGUGCUCCGUGCUGAAGCGGCAGGGUUACGGCGAAGGGUUCCGUUGGUUAGCCCAGUACAUCGACUAAUAGAGUGUGUGCGACAGUAUCAUAGCAAUUCGUUCGUUCGUUCGUUCGUACGUUUUUUGUUUGUCUCGUCUCUCGGGUAUCAAAGGGGUUUUUUUUUACGAGGCGAUGGGGGGUGUGUGUGAGUGAACGUCCGUGGAACCAGAAAAUGGGAAAACGCAAGGAAAAACAAUGCAAACAAACAAAACACAACAACAACAACAAGAAGCCGAAAGUCUUAUUACUUACCUACACACAAACAAACACUUACACACGUACGCGUGCAGGAUAUAAACAUAUUAUUUCCAAUUUUCCAAUAAGAUACGAAUCGGCAGGGGGUUCUGGUUUUUCUUUUCUGAUGAAGGAAAUCCGAGCUUUGUACUGUGGAUUGUGUAGAUGUUGGUAUAGCAGUGCCGGAGACAGAUAGAGCGAGGCAGAGAGAGAGAGAGAGAGAGAGAGAAAGAGCAGGUUUUAAAUUAAUUGAAUAGCAGCGUGCGCUUGGCGCCAAGGAACACAGGAAGCAUUCCCGCUUUUGCUGUAAAAAAAAACGAAAUCUAUUCGUCGAUCGGAAAAUAGACCAGCGGAACACACGAUCAAUCGUUCCAACCCGUUUGCACAUA